AUGGAUGAAUAUAGUGUUGCCGGCGUAGAGUUGUAUCCCUACCACUUGCAUCGAUUCUGGUCAUCUUUGGUGUAUGAGAGUCCUCCCGAUCGUGCCGAAUGGGAAGACCAUGAUGCCAUUGAGCGUAACAUUUUUACAGCAAUGGUGGAGGAUGUGUACAAACAAGGGCCAGCUGCUAUUCGGAAGGCAACUCAGAUACUACGACCCCAUAUUCAUCCUCAAGUUGAAGGCCUACAAGAGCCUAGGGAGUCAGAGGCUCAAAGGGGACGACCACCUAAGAGGGCCAACGCCCGAGAUCCUUCUUCGUUUGAGCAUGAGAGGGCAAGGGCAGAAAAGAGGAGCAAAACAAAUCAGAGCCCGAGGACACCUAGGAGCAAAACAAAUCAGAGCCCGAGGACACCUAGGAGCAAAACCCCAACAGGUGCACGAAAAAGUCAGCAUAUGCAAGUUCAUAAUGAGAGAAAUGUUUGCCCCUAUCUUCGCUAUGUCCCACCCAGCAUCCACCCUCUUGUUAGAGGUUGGUUUGACCCAGAACCAGACGGGCAAUGUGGUUUUCGGGCCAUGUCACAUGCGAUUCAUGGAGACGAGGGACACUACCUACAAAUGAGACAAGAUAUCAUCACAGAGGUUAGAAACAAUUGGGAUCUCUAUAAGAGAGUUUACCUUUCUAGAGAUGGAUCGUUGGAGGCAGUAGUUCACAGAUUGGAUUGUCGGAUUGCUGGGAGAUGCACCCAAGAGUAUUGGUUCGAGGAGGCGGAUCUACUAGUAUUCGCAACCAUGUACAAUUGGGCAAUUAUCGUCUAUGGACUAUAUGGAGGGCGACACACGUAUGGGUACACCGCCUUACCUUUGACGGCGCUGGAGGGGGUCACUCAACCAAGUGCUGUUAUGGCACUGGUAUUUACUGGGGCACAUUGGGUCCGACUCAUAGUCGACGAUGUUGAUGGAGUGACACCAAUGCCCCCCUUUUCACCACAAUGGUCUCAUUUUCGGAAUAUGACAUCAAUUCCUGAUUGGGACUUGUUAUACGAGCAAGAGCAGGCAUUGUAUGCCAUUCUCGGAGGACAUUAUCCAAACGAUGAUGAAGAGAGUGAUUAA